UCUGUUUCUUCUCUCUCUGAGCACAAACUCUUCAUUUUCUCUUUCACUAUUUCGCUUUUUCACAAACCUUACUCUCCAUUUCUCUUGUUCUAAAUCAUGGCGGCUCGACCCGUGGAUGACACCGAUGGUGCCCACCAAAAUCCCGUCUUCUUCCCCCAGCCCCUCACCGUGAUACGCACCGUUACCAGUACCGGCGCUCGGAUCUCCACCCAGAUCAAGGCGGAGGAAAUGACUUUUGACGAGUUCCUCAAGGCGACGAAUACGAAGGUGAUGUCCGAGGAGGAGUGUCUGAGAACCCAGAUGAAGGAAGAGCAACCUAGAGAGCUAGGAGUAGCAAGAGUCAAGGAGGAACCCGAUAUGGAUUUUCUGAGUAAGGGUUCUGAAAAUAAACCCGAGGUGUCUAAUAAUACUCUUGCAUUGGUUCCGUUAGAAAGGGUCAAAGGCAAGUCCUUCCAAGAGUGGCUCUGGCUUAGGUACAACAGUAGCGUCAAGUCUAGAGGUGAGUAUUCCAUUUCCCAAGAGAAAGAAGCGGGUCCUAAAGAUCUAGAGAAUGGUCAAUCACUAAAUGAGUCUAGUCCUAAAGUAAAAGUGAAGGAGGAACCUUAUCUGGGUUCUGAGGAUAAGGUAGAUAAGGUACAAGUGAAAGAAGGAUCACCAAAUGAGUCUAGGCCUAAAGGUGAAGUCAAAGAGGUACCUGAUUUGAGGGCUGAGAAUGAGGUACACGUUAAGGAAGGAUUACCAAAUGAUUCCAGGACUAAAGUUGAAUUGACAGAAGAACCUGAUUUGGGGCCUGAUAAUAAGUUACACGUAAAAGAAGAGUUACCUAUUGAAUCAACGCCUGAAGUUAAAGUGAUAAAGGAAUCUGAUUUGUGGUAUGAGAACAGGGUAUAUGUGAAAGGACCGGUUGGGGCUGAGAACAAGGUAUCUGCGAAAGAACCAAUUGGUUCUAACUUUUGCUCGAAACCUCAGAAGGUGAAAAAGGAAAUAGUUGAGGAAAGGGUCGUUUCUGGCUUGGUGGAGGAUGGGGAUUUUCCGGAGGAUCCAGAAUGGUUUCUGGUGGGAAGGACAAUAGUCACCGCACUUUCGACCUCAAAAGGAAGGAAAUUGGUUGACAAUGAGGUUGUCCAUUUUGCUUUUUCUUCCACAAAUUGGAGACAUAAUGCACAGUGGAUUGUUCGUUUCUCAACUAAACGGUCUGGAGAGAUUGGUCGGCUUCCGAUGGAGUGGGGAAAAUGUGUUGUUCCGCUUGUAAAUUCCUCUAAGGUUAAAGUUCUUGGACGAUGCGUAGCUGCACCAUCAAACCUUUCCAUUAUGCAAGAAAUCAUGCUAUGCGUAAGCUUUUACAUUCACCAUUCAAUUUUCACGAAGGAUGACGCGUCUUCAUGGAGGCUAGAUGCUCCCUAUAACAUUGACUCUACACUUCAUCCUCUUCUCAGUCUGUUUAAAUUGUUGAAAAUUAAACCAUAUCUGAAGGCUGAAUUUACCCCCGAAGAACUUCAUUCUCGGAAACGUGUGCUAAAUCUAGAUGAUGAUUCAGAAGAAGCUGCAUCAAUGUUGCCCAUUGUGAAGCGAAGAAAGGGUUGUCAGCAGUAUCCAGAACAAAGCAAAGAUGAACAAGCUCUCUCAGAGUCAUCGGUGAAUAAACUUGUGGGGGCAGCAGAAAUGUAUAACUUGGAGGAGAUGGAACCCCCAUAUACACUCAUGUGUGAUCUUAGGCCGUACCAGAAACAAGCUCUCUACUGGAUGUCAGAAUUAGAGAAGGGAAUACAUGCUGAGAAAGCAGCAAAAACACUUCAUCCAUGCUGGGCAGCAUAUCAAAUAAGUGAUGAGCGGGCUUCCUCAAUAUAUGUGAACACUUUCUCAGGGGAAUCAACUACAAAAUUUCCAACUGCAACACAGAUGGCAAGAGGAGGAAUAUUGGCAGAUGCGAUGGGGCUUGGGAAGACUGUGAUGACAAUCGCUCUUAUACUUGCAAGGCCAGGUAGAGGAUGCCAUGUUAACCACGAGUGUAGCACUGCAACCGCUGAUGGUACUGAAAUUACAAAGAGUAAUAAAGAUUGCCAUGUCAAAACCUCUUCUAAAGCAAAUGGUGGAACUCUCAUUGUUUGUCCCAUGGCAUUGCUGGGACAAUGGAAGGAUGAGCUUGAAACCCAUUCAAAGCCUGAAAGUAUAUCCAUUUUCGUUCACUAUGGUGGGAGCAGAGCCAGUCCAAAGGUGAUCGCAGAACACAAUGUGGUCUUGACAACAUACGGAGUAUUAACUGCAGCUUAUAAAAAUGAUUCAGAGAACAGCAUCUUUCACAGGGUCAGUUGGUAUAGGGUGGUUCUAGAUGAAGCUCACACCAUAAAAUCCUGGAAGACUCAAGGUGCUCAGGCUGCCUUUUCAUUGUCCUCACACUGCCGGUGGUGUCUAACAGGAACCCCUAUUCAGAAUAACUUGGAAGAUCUCUACAGCCUCUUAUGCUUCUUACACGUCGAACCAUGGUGCAAUUGGGCUUGGUGGAACAAAUUGAUUCAAAAGCCCUAUGAGAAUGGUGAUCCAAGAGGGAUGAAACUGAUCAAAGCUAUUUUGAGGCCAUUGAUGUUGAGAAGAACAAAGGAGUCGAAGGAUAAAGAAGGAAGGCCCAUACUCGUUCUCCCUCCAACGGACAUUCAGAUCAUUGAAUGUGAACAGUCAGAAGCUGAACAUGACUUUUAUGAUGCACUUUUUAAGAGAUCUAAAGUCCAAUUUGACCAGUUUGUUGCUCAAGGCAAGGUUCUUCACAACUAUGCAAAUAUCCUUGAGCUACUGCUUCGAUUGAGGCAGUGUUGCAACCAUCCAUUUCUUGUUAUGAGUCGAGCUGAUUCACAAAAGUAUACAGACCUGAGCAAGCUUGCAAGAAGGUUCCUUGAAACUAAUUCUAACUCUACCACUACAAAGCAGACUGUGCCAACCCAUGCAUAUGUUGAGGAGGUUGUUGAAGGCAUUCGGAGGGGUGAAAACACAGAAUGCCCCAUAUGCUUGGAGUAUGCAGAUGACCCUGUGCUCACUCCAUGUGCACAUAAAAUGUGCAGGGAGUGUCUCCUCUCAAGCUGGCGGACUCCAACAUCUGGGCUAUGCCCAAUUUGUCGACAAUUGCUAAAAAAGACUGAUCUCAUAGCAUGUCCAUCAGAAAACCAGUUCUGGGUUGAUGUUGAGAAGAACUGGAAGGAGUCUUCAAAGGUUUCAGGACUCUUGGAGUGCCUGGAAAGUAUUCAGCGGACAGGUUCUGGUGAAAAGAGCAUUGUUUUUAGCCAAUGGACUUCGUUUUUUGAUUUGCUGGAGAUCCCAUUAAAGAGGAGGGGAAUUGGGUUCUUGAGAUUUGAUGGAAAGCUGGUUCAGAAGCAGAGGGAGUGGGUCCUGAAGGAGUUUAGUGAGACCAAAGAGAAGAUGGUAUUGCUAAUGUCUUUGAGAGCUGGCGGUGUAGGCUUGAAUUUAACCGCAGCCUCCAAUGUCUUCUUAAUGGAUCCAUGGUGGAAUCCUGCCGUUGAAGAGCAAGCAAUAAUGCGGAUUCAUCGUAUUGGACAAAAGCGAACAGUUCGUGUUAGAAGAUUUAUUGUGAAGGACACGGUGGAGGAACGAAUGCAGCAAGUCCAGGCACGCAAGCAGAGCAUGAUUGCUGGGGCCCUGACCGACCAGGAGGUUCGAACGGCCAGGCUUGAGGAGCUCAAAAUGCUUUUCCGAUGAACUUUGACAAUUUUUAUUUUGAGGGCCUUAUAUAUUAUAUACAUAUAUGUAUAGUCCAGAAAUGCCCAAUUUUGGAAAGUUCAUUUACGACAUUUAUAGGCUACAGUAUGUUAUUUAAAUGAAGCUGAUUAUAUCCUCGGCCA